CCUUCACUGUUUUCCGCCAAAACAUCAAGUAUGUGGCUGCUUCGUCUCCCCCAAUUAUUAUUAAGAACCCUAACUUCACAAUUACCCCGAAUUGCAAGUUGAAGUGAUCGAAAUCAUAACCGUCGUUACAUAAACUGAAAUCGCGAAGAAGCAAUGCAGAUCCAGAUGAAGUGCAGCUCCCAGGAAUGGUCGAAGCGAAGCCCAAACCUCCGUACAGAAAUGCCUCCAACUCGGCGUGCUCUUGCCGCCCGUCUUCUCAGGUUCUCGGCAUUUUUCAUUUUGUCCGUUAACGAUCCUCUGACAAAUUAGACAUUGUUGAUCAAAAUCGAAGGCAGCCAUAUUGUCUCGAAACCUAAAAAAGAAAGAAAGAAAGAAAGAAAAUCUAAUUUUGCUGCACAUAUACUUUCUUUAAUUACGUGAAUCGACAAAGGGUCGAUGGUAUCUGGGCAGAUAGAGUAAUUAAAUUCAGCGAGAUUGUGCAAAAUCCAGAGCAGACAGAGGAAGAAACGAAAUUCGGGAUUGAGAAAAUUCAAGAAAAUCGAAACCAUGACGUCCCUAUUUGAUGGAGUCAUGUCGGAACCGUUUUGGCGGCUCUCCCGGUGUGCUAGCUACACGUGGCCGUCGCCACUCUGCGGCUUUGUGCGAGCCCUCCCUCCAUUGUUCACACCACCCUCGCCACUGCAUAGCCCCUUCAUUUCCGUCUUUAUUUAUAUCCUUUCGGCGAUUACUUGCUUUACUCUUCAGUUUUCGAAUCGCGCAAGUCUCGAUUGGAGUGGAGAAUUGCGAAAUUGCUUGAGUCUAGCGUUUGCCCCUUGCUGUUGUUGUUGUUGGGUGAGUUUUUGUGGUUUGUGGAGUUGGAAUUUAGAGUUUAUUGGAGUGAAAUUUGGGGAUGGGCGGCGAACACCCUGAAUGGCUUCCUGCUGGUUGGAAAGUUAGAGUGAAGGCUCGAAGCUCUGGGAAGAAAGAUAAGUAUUACAUCAAUCCUGCCAAUAGCCUCAAAUUCAGCUCGAAGCUAGAGGUGCUUCAUUAUCUAGAGAGUUCGGUAAAGAAUGAUAAUCCCAAUGAUCCAAAUAUGUUGUGUGCCGAGGCUGAAGGUCAACUGUCAAUCAACGACAAUGUAGAUGAGCUGGGAAAGUCAGGUCUGAAACUUGCCACCUACGUUAAUUGCGAUGCGACAAAUGUGGCUAAAGGACAAAUGCCAGUAAGCCAGAAAGAAGAUGAAAGUUUGUCGUGCAACGAGAUGGGAAAGUCAGGCUCGAAAGCGGCUUUACUCAAAAUCGGAGAAAGGAGACGAAGUCCGAGAUUGGCAGCGAAUAAAUUGAAGGAUGGCGCAAGUAGAGAUCCGUCAUUGUUCCAAACAGGAGGUGCUGUUGAGAAGAUCGCCGCCACCACGGCUGUGCCUGAGACGAUGAAAAGGCCAUUACCAACAGAAAACAAACAGAUUUCGGUGGACAUUCAGCAGGAUUUGAGUCUUUCUGAGAGAAAGACGAGGGGCUCUAAAAGAAAGUGGGCAAGCGACUUGCCUCGGAGAACUUCGAAAAGACUCGCUGGUAUCAAAGUCGACAUUGAAGCAGAUCUUAAGCCUGCCAGAGUCAAUCGCAAAGCUGUGGCAUCGAACGAGCCAGAUCACGACGCUGAACGGGAAAGCAUUGAUAAUCAGAAAAUGCCCCCGAUUGACUCCGAAAGGACCAACAUUGCGAACAAUGAUGAACAGAAAAUGCCCCCGAUCAACACCAAAUGGGAAACCGAUGAUGGGCAAAAUCUGGAUGAUAAUCAACCGAAUCUGCCUUGGAUUGAUGGCAAUAAAGAGGAGGAGGGCGAUGGCGGCAAGAACAGCAACGAAAAGCUGCAGCAAAUUCUGAUGGAGGAUCCGUGCAUCGCCUUCGCCGUCAAGAUUCUCACCGGCGAAAUCCCGGUCGAGAAUUUCACUUUCACUAAAGAUGGUGGUGAUGCUGUGAAAUCACAAUCACAAUCACCAGCCGUUGGGGAUGAUCAAGGACAGGGUAGGACACAGUAGUAAAAAUUGAUUAUUUUUUAUUUAUUACGACGUGGUAACUGCAGCUGCUAUCUGGGAGUAGGCAGGAUAAAAAUUGAACUUUAAUUUGAAUUGUUUGGUAAAAUUGGAUAUAUAUUGGUAGAAUUGGAUUGCAUGCACAAUUACUAUUAUUGCAGCUGAGUGUAUUAAUUUUAAGCGCUGAAAAUUAUC